UUGACAGAAUCGCAGUCGAGCUGAAAAAAUUGUUUUCAACUAAAUGGCGCGUGAAAUAAAACGCAUCGAACGGUGUCUAAAUGAUUUAUGGAAGGAAAAAGAUGAUCGAAAACAGCUUGUCGAAGAUAUUGCUCUCAUCUGUCCCGAUCAGUUGACAGCUAAAAAUAUUGAAUCGGUAUGCACCCUACUGUUUGAUAAAGAAAUAGGAAUUACCACAUUCCUCAGAAGCCAUGCUGACCAGUCUUCUGAAAUUCGACAUGAGGUAUUGACAAUGCUGAUCAAUGUUGCAGAGAAGUUUGGAGAAUAUCUACAACCAUAUGCUGCUGAUCUCAUAGGCAUUUGUAAAUUACAGUACAACCAAGAUGACAGUGCAAAAGUGAAAAAUGUUGCUCUUGACUUGCUCAUGCAUGUCCUUGAAGCUUCUUCAGGAUAUUACCAAAUCAGUGAAUUGGACAUUCCAGGCCUUAUCAGGAAAUUCCUUAUGGAGCUUGCGAACCCAUCAAAAACUAAAUUAACUGUGAGAGCCAAAAUCUACCUGCUUUUUGGUACCCUUGCACAUCAUUACCCAGAAUUUAUGAGUGAUUAUGCAAAAAAGCUAUUUGAUAUAUAUUUAAGUGCAAUGGUUGCAGAGUUUAGAAGUCUCAAGAAACCUGAAUUCCUAAUCAUUGCUGCUUGUCUUGAAGGUUGCAACAAACUCUUAUCGAAGCAUACACCAUAUGAUCUUGAAGAGGGUGUUAAAAAAUAUUAUGAGCUUUUUCAAGCUGCACGCAGUGCUGCCAAACCCGAUCUUGAUCUUUCCCGUUAUGAAAUGCCAAAAGCAAGUUUAAUAUUAUUUGAAAACCAUUCUGCAUUUUUUAUUAAAUUCCUGCAAGACUGUUAUGAGGACAUGUAUGAUGUCUUCCUGAAAUGGUUCCAUCACAAAAACAGAGAAUUAGCAAAUCAUGGACAAUGGGCAAUGGAAGCUUUUAUAUAUCAAAUUUCACAAGCAAUUGUUGAAGAUGAAGAUGCUCUUCAAAAGAAUAUGUUUGAGUUCUUUCUCGAGAAGUCAAAUGUCAUUAUAAAAAAUAAAGAUUCUACAAAGAAGGAAAUUGAUGUAGCCAUUAAAUGCUUUGGCUUACUAGCUGGUCCUUGUAAGAAAUUCCACACACAAGAUGAUGUCAACUUUAUGUUUCGAGAGAUGUUAGAACAUAGUAAACAUCUGUUUGAAAAGGAGUCUGAAAACUUACAUGACCAACUGUACAGCUUACGUGGUUAUUUAGAAGCUCUCUCAAGCAUCCUUAAAGAAAUUGAUUGUAUAUCAGAUGAAUCUCUGAAAAUUAUUGAGUAUUUGUUGGUUGCCAUGAUAGAGAACUUCCCACAGGUGUAUUUCAAGUACCAUUUCAAAUGUGUGAAAGCAAUUUUGAAAGUGUUGCUAGCUCUCUUGCCAAAGGAGACUCAUCUUCGUGAAAUUCUGAGAGAAACAGUGUAUCAAGGUCUUCUAAGAAUGAGUCAUCUUGCCACUCCUUUGAAAGAAAUGGAACAGCCUCCAGGAACUGGUACUUUCCGUGUGUGGAGUGUUAAAAAAGAAGUAUCAUACAAGGAUUAUAUAUCUCUUUGGUCAAAUCUACUCAAAAGUUCUUCUCUGAAGGAACUCUCCACCGUUGGCUAUAGCUUCAGUGAUCGUGAAAAACUUACACAGUUACUUUAUGAUGAAAUACUUACUUCUGUUAUUCAUAUCAUUGAGUCACUUGACUUGACUAUUAACACAAGUAUCUCACAAGAUGUGGUUAUUCAACCGUCAGCCAGCACCAUCUCUCCCAUGGACUCACCUAUUGUAUCAGCUGAUCCAGUGCAUAACAUCAAGCUAAAUUGUGUCCAGGACCACCAAGUGUUUUACAAUAUCGUUAAUUUCUGCUGUGAAUUUCUGAACAAAAAUGAGAAAAAAAUGUUCAGAAAAUGGUUGUUCAGAUAUUGUAACUUUCUGGUUAAAAUUUCCACAAGCACACCUCUUGUUAGUGGUUUUCACAGAUUGUUGACUGUCUGUAUGAAAAUAGCCAGAGAUUUGCACUACUUUGAGGGAAUUUCCAUUGACAAUUUAAAAAUUACUGAAGAUUCAAGCCAGACAAAUGCAGAGAAGAUUGCUUGUUGUAUACUCAUAAAGAAGUAUAGUAAGGAGAUUUUAGUACAACUGAAACAAUACAAAGAAGAAUUACUUGCUGCAUGCCUGGCAUUGGUAUUGUCUCUUCCCACAGAACUUAUUGUAGAUCAAAUCGAUGACCUUUUGCCAGCUAUUCAGAUGUCACUUUCCAUUGGUUCAACCUACCUUCCUCUUGCCAAUGCUGCAAUGGAUACUUUGGAAUACUGGAGUGAAACUUUAUCCCAAGAUGCUUUGAAGACUGUUUAUUCUCAAGUUUUGCCUCAUUUAGAUCCCUUCAUUAAAACAUCAGAAAGGGAUUCUGAUGAUAUUGACCUCACUAAUAUAGACCAAAAAAAGAAACGCUACUUCCUGGAUCCAGACUCUGAACUGAGUAAAAUAAAAUACAGAAUUGCAAAAUACCUAGGUAAUAUUGGUGGCAAUUUUAAUAAAGAUUUAUUAGCAAAUUCUGACCAAGAUGUCUUGAAGCAUGCUGUGGCCUGGGACACUAAGAAACACUUGAAAUUUGACUUACCUUUUGCUGACAUGAAACCAACCAUUUAUUUAGAUCCUUUCUUACCUCCUAUUCUCGAGCUAGCUACUAAAUCAAGUGACCGUCAGACCAAAGUUGCUGCCUGUGAAUUCUUGCACUCUGCGGUACUGUAUUCUCUUGGAAAAAGUGUGCAGAAGGGAUCAUCACCUGAAGGCAAUUAUUGUUUCUCAUUUGAAGCGAUAUAUAAAAAUGUCUUUCCGGUAUUACUCCAAUUGGCAUGUGAUUUGGAUCAGGUGCCCAAACAGCUGUUUGAAACCCUGGUAUUUCAAUUAAUACAUUGGUUUACAAGUAACAAGAAGUUUGAAAAUGCAGAAUCCAUGGCCCUUUUGGAUGCUAUUUAUGAUGGUAUUAUCCAGUCUGAAGAUACAGGCCUUCGAGAUUUUUGUGCAAAAUGCAUUGCAGAAUUUUUUAAAUGGUCUCUGAAAAGAAAAAGUAGUGAGAAAAACCCAGUAAAUGUGAUAUCAGUCUUAACUCGACUGUACAGCUAUACUCUUCAUCCUGACCCAUUUAAGAGGCUUGGAGCUGCUUUAGCUUUCAACAAUUUUUAUACCAUAUUUAGAGAACAUGAUAUACUGAUUGAUCAGUUUGUAUUUAACCUUUUGGUACAUUUUGUGAAAAGCUUAGCUUUAUGUCACAAGGAUGACCAAUCUUUAGGUGUCAAUUCACAGUGUUGUAAAGCUUUGGACCACUUAGAAAGAAUUAUCUUGAAGAAAGCCGAUAUGUUAAAAGAAGUUAGCUCAGCUCGUAAACAGCCAAGUCAAUGGAACCAAAUAACCCUUCUGUAUGCGAUCCGUUGGCUAGUUCGACAAUGCGGUCGUCCCCAAACAAGUUGUCGUCAUGCUUGUAUGAAACUUGUUUAUAAUUUAGCUCCUCAAAUUCAAGGCAUAAAACAAUCUGAAGAAUUUUUUCAAAUUUUCUAUGAGAAGGAAGGUCACAAUUAUUUUAUUGAGAGAUUUGAAGGUGGUGGAGAAGGCUCUGAUGUUUCCAAUUCAAUUAUGCGUUGUCCACAAUUAGAAAUAAGGGAGCAUUUCUCUCUUCAGAAAACUUGUCAAUGGUUUGAUUAUUUCUUAGCUGGGUUAGAUUGCUACAUUUGGGUUUUUGAGAAUAAUCUAUUGAGCCCAGAGCAAAUGCUUCAAGUUGCUGAAUCUAAUUCUCAAAUCAUCAAAGCUGUAUGCUAUUUUUUGGAGUAUAUUGCACUAUCUGAUUUGAAAACUCUGACAAAGAAUGCUGAUUAUCUUCCUUUCACUCCUAAAGAAGAAGAAGUGUUCAACAGGAACAAAUGUACUGUCAUUAUCAGGAUUUUCAGUUUUUUAACCACUGUUCUUAAGAAAUGCAAAGAUGCUGAAAAUUCUUCUGUGAUCCCUAAUGAGGUGUGGACCCCACAUCUAUGGAGAUUAAUUUGUGAGUGUGUUCUGCAACCUGAGUAUGUUGGAUUCAACCUGACAGAUUUAGAAGUUGUCAAUAAACUACCUGACGAGUUACAGAACUUAUUGAAUAUUUUUCUGAAAAAAUUACCUGCAGAAUUCAAGCAACAAAUGAGAGAAUCAAUCAAGAACCAACUUGUUAAUCAAAGGGAUCUUUUGACAGUCCUUCCAAUUCAUCUGAAAUCUCCAAACACCAAUUACUUCAAACUUCAGCAACUGUUGACUGGUUACCGUAUCUUAAAUAAAGUGAAGUUGCUGGGUGAUAUGAAUCUUGAAAGUUUAGCUGCAAAACUGUUCCAUAACGUUUCCCAGAAUAUUGUUACUCAUUCAGAUGAUAAUCAACUCACAUCCAGAACAUUAACACCAACUGAAUUAUCUUUGACCCAAACAUUAUUAGAGCUUGCAAUACAACUGUCAAUGCCUAUCAACGAAUUUAUGGCAGUUAUGUUUACUGAAGAAGCCCAUCAACAGAAUACAAGUUGUGGAAAGAUUUUAUUGUGCAUUUUCAAACAAGAAGUGUCAGGUUACAUCAUUGAGCAUGCAGCAGAAUUAAUUCCUUUAAUAAUGGCUAAAUCUGACAGCAAUUCUCAAAUUGUUGGUCAUAUAUUGAUAUCAGUACUUGAUAUCUUGAAGCACAAAAGUUUUAGAUGGAAACAUGCUUCACAAGUUUGUGACAUUAUUUUAAAAAAUUUGAAUAUGAUUGAAAAUUGGUGGAGAGAUGACGCAUCAGAAGAUACACAGAGAAUCACUUUUGAUAUCUUACUUGGAAUCCUUCGUCUAGACUCAAAGGUUCUUUCCGAUGGUCAAAAUCCUACUUGUGAGUUGCUGCACAAGUUCUUUUAUAUACUUUUGUCGAAAAAAACUGUAGCAUCUUCCUUCAAGGUCUCUCUCUUGGAUCUGCUUCCUUUCCUGUCUGUUUCACCUGAGCCACACAACUCUCGACUAAGAACCAAUUUAAAGAAAUUUUUAAUGGAUAAAUCUCAACCAGGAACUCUUCUCUAUGAUACCUAUAUCAGUUUGCUAGACAAGAUUUUAUUUGCAUUGAAAAAAAGUAAAAGUAAAAUGUUGCUUGAACUUGUAAUUGAAAUUUACUGUCAAGAAGAGAAACACUGCCAUGAAAAAGAUAUUCAUAACUGUUUAGAGACUUUCAUCAAAAGGGUUUCUUUGCUUGAUCAAAAGUCAUAUGUUCAAAUACCAUUUGAUUUGUUCCUGAAGACUCAGAGUUGUACCAACAAUUUCCGUAAAUUCGUUAUCAAGAAGGUCUGCUUACCCUUUCUAAGAAAUAUGUCGAAAAUUCCAUUUGUUGAAUUUCUUAAAUCAAAUAUUCCUGCCAUUGUGAACAUUGUUGAAGCUGAAAUGUCACAAUUGCCAGACCUUAUGGAACAGCAUUUGACUGACAAAAUGUGUUGCUUUCAAAUUUUGGAAGUUAUGUACAGAAGUAUGGAUGUGAAAGAACUGAAUGGCCCAGGCUCUGAAAUAAACUCCGUCUACUGCAAAGCACGAAAUAUUGAAGCACAAAUGAUUGUUGGUAAAGAAUUAACCAAAGUCAUUACAAGGAUUGCUCAUCAAACAAAAAAAGAAGACGUGCACGGAGAAACUUUAUUUUUGGAACUUCGUCGACAAGUACAUUGUGCAGCCUAUAACUUGCUUAUAGCUAUCAUUUCUUGUACUCAAACGGAUCUCAAGUUUUACAAUGUCUUUCUGUUUGCUGAAAAUGAAGAGAAAAAAGAAUUUCUAUUGGACAAUAUCAUUGAUAAAGAAAAAAAAUAUUCAUUUCCUAUUGUAUUUGAGAUGCAACCAAAAAAGAAAACUAUCUUCCACACGCUUCAGAAAGAAAUAAAGCAGAAAGUUGUGGCAGAUGCCAGUCAAUCUGCCUCGUAUCAUCUCAGUUCACUGUAUUUAGAAAACAGCAGUUUGAGUGUUGAUAUUGGUCGAUAUGAUUAUCUCUCAUCAAAUGCUGAACAUCAAGAGAUUGCUUCAAUUUCUGAAAAAGAAAAUUCUGCAAAUUCCUCAGCCAUAUCUGAAGAAAAAAUAAUAGAUUAUGCUCUUGAAAUGGAUGAAAUUAAUCAAAGUGAAUGCAUGUUACCCGUGGUAGCUGUUCUAAAACAUAUGUACCAGCAGAAUAUCACCCCCAAAGAAAACAAGGAGAUGCCUCCUUGGAUGAAUUACCUUCGUAAAAAAUUUAUUGCAUCUUCAACACACCUAAAUAUAAAACUGUUUAUUGCUAAGCUAAUUGUUAAUACUGCUGAGAUUUUUGAAAAAUAUGCUUCAUUUUGGGUGUUGCCACUCUCUGAAUUCAUUAUCCUUGGAAAUUUUGAAGAAAAAGGCAUCAAUUAUUUUGUUCUUGAUAUUAUUGUGAUGAUUCUGAGCUGGGGUGAACAUUCAAUUCCUGGUGAUACUUCAAAAGAUCGUUAUGUGGCAUCUAGUUUGGUGCAGUUUAUCAUCAGGAAUAUUUAUAAUGCAAACCGGACAAUAUUUCGAAAUAAUCUUAAACUGCUGGAAGCUUUGGUAGGACUCUGGAAAGCUAGAAUAGAUAUCCCAUAUAAGCUUUUAUAUGAAAUGAUGACAAGCAGUGAUCCCAACACUGGAGGUCUGAUGGUCAGUGUACAGCUCUUGGGUGUUCUAUUAAAAUGUAAUUUUUCACCUUAUGUAAAUAUGACAGAUGUUCCUCGAGAAACAUAUUUUAGUCAUUUGUCUCAAGGACUUCAUCAUAGUCAUAAGAUUGUUUAUGCUAGUACAGCUGAGGUGUUAGGCCUGUCAUUGAAAUAUUUUGAUCAGCAUAAAGAUUCUGAAUUUGAGAAAUUUAUGAAACAAAUUGAAAGAGUAAUGAAAACUUUAGAACCCAAGCUUGGAAAUUUCAUUGUUUGUCUUCAUAAAAUGCAGUUACACUAUCAACCAGUUGCUGAGAGCUAUUUACCAAAGCUGCUCUAUCACUUAACCAAACUCCAUGGAGAUUUCCAAUUGUAUUGUUUGGAAAUAUUGCUUGGGAAUAUCAACAAUGUUGACGGUGCAUUCAGAGAAUUAAAGAGCAAAAAUUUCUUCUCUUUCUUUGCUCACAGAAAUAAAAAUAUUCGAUUGAUUUCUUUGAAUAUUGUGAAAGCUUUGCUUGCUAAACUUAAGCCAAAUGAGUUAGCAGAGAUAUUUUCUAGUAUUAAUCAUCAGAAAGAAGAACCAUGGGUAGCUUGUCGUAAAGUAUUGUAUGAUAUCCUCAUGUGGGUAUAUGACAACUAUGGAGAGGAAACAUCAGAAGAAAGUAGCCAAAUAAUGUCUAAUACACGAGAAUUAUUGUUGAAAGGUCUAGAAGAUAAAGAUUAUUCAUGUCGAAUCUUGGUGCACAAUUUUUGGAGUAACAGAACUCGACUGCCAGAGUCUACUUUUGACCGCAUGGUUGCAAUGUUUCAGAUGAUGUAUUCUCCUGGAACUGAACAUCAGUUCUUAUAUUAUUCCAGCAGUUUACUUUUGGAAAUGACAAGCAAAAGUCCAGAAUAUAAGCGAGAAAUAUUUGAAUAUCCCCUUGCAGAGUGUCAAUUUAAGGAGUAUAGAGUAAAGUCACAUUGGCAGCAUAGACAUUCUACAAUGACACCACUGUUUUUUGAUGCUCUGUCAUCAUCGUAUAUGGAGGUAGAUGAUAUCAAAACAGAAAAUAUGGGUGCUGAUGAGCUCAGAGCUACAUAUGGUAAUCAACAGUUUACACCAACUCAAGAUGUCCCUUUUGAUUGGCUAACACAGAGUAGCCUUUCUUCUUCCAUGGAGGUAGAUAGUGUGGAUUCUGGUAUUCAAAGUUCUUUGCUAACAGUGUCCGGUAAAGCUACAGCUGUGUCUCAAGUUUAUCCUACAAGAAAGAGACCAGGUCCAGGUUUUGGACAGAAAAAGCUUAGUGCCAUUAAAGAUAGUCAAGAGGAUCCUUUGGAAGAAAAUAGCCAGAAGAUUGAAAAUAAAUCAAGAAAAUUUGCUUAUCUCAAGAAGCGAGUGCUGAAAGAUCGUGAAGCUCAAAGUCUUUAUUUUGCAAAAAAGCAAAUUACUAAAAAUGAGACUCAAGUUCAACUCGUUCAUGAACAAAAGUCCAAACAUGAACAUCAAGUAACUUUGUACAGGAAAUAUCGAACUGGAGAACUCCCUGAUAUACAAAUAAAAUAUUCUGCCUUGAUAGCAACAUUGCAAGUAGUAGCUCUGAGAGACAGUACAGUGGCCAGGUUACUCUUUAAUUCCUUGUUCAAAGGAAUAUUUGCUGAUGCUGAACAAGAGAAGGGAGAUGAAGACAUGGAAACAAGUAUUCAAUCAGUUCAAAACAGUAUUCGUAAUAUGCUGAAAGCCUCCGAGCAGCAUUUCCCUCCAUUCAUUAGCUGCAUGUUGAACAUUUUGUAUGAUAUGGACAAAGAAUUGCCUAUUGAUAUCAAACAGCUCAUUUCAUCAUCUGCAAUAACUGCUAAACUUCAACCACUUGCAAUAAUUGUACUGGAAGAACAAAUAAUUAAAGGCAUGAACAGUUGUCACCCCAGUAAAGCAAAAAGGCCACGUCAGAGUUUGAACCCGCCACCAACUGAUGUUUCAACCUGGUUGGAAUUAGCCAAACUUUAUAAAUCAAUCAAUGAAUAUGAUUCAGUUUUGGGCAUUUUCAAAGAUAACGUUGGUUGUCAAGAAGUUAGUAAGAUGGCCAUAAAAGCAGAAAUUCGUGGUGAUUACUCAGAGGCUAUUAAACACUAUGUUACGGCUAUUGAGUUGAGCACAAAGGAAGAACUUUGCACUUGGCACCACUGUUAUAUACAGUGUCUGGAAAAUUUGAGCAGAUGGGACAAAGUGGAAAAAGAGUGUGUACAUGGUAUAGAUCCAGAAAAUGGUGACUUUACCAAAGUUUUGGAUGAUUCUUUCAAUCAAGAAAACUACCUGCAGCCUCUUAUUCAAUCUAAAUUGAAAUUAAUGCAACAGCAAGACAUAAACCAGACAGAGUUUCUGAAAUUUAUUGACAAUGCUCUCAAAUCACCUUUUAAGUCUAACAUUUUAGAGCAUCAGUUUUCCAAAGAACUCUCCUUGAUGUUUCUGUGGCAAGAGAAUUAUGACAAAGCUUUGAUUUACAUAAAUAAUGCUAUUCAGCAGUUUCUACUGGAAUGGUCAAACACUGAUAUACUUAUGAAAUCACGACGUAAAUAUCUUCUACAAAACCUGCAGGUUCUGUCUGAAAUACAGAACUUUUUGUCUUUCUUCAAGAACAAAGAGAAGAUAAAGUCUUGCUCUUCAAUUAACCGGUUGUUUAAUUGUUGGGAAAAGCAAACUCCUAGCCUCUUGGAAGACCCUGUGAAAGUAUGGGAUGAUGUAAUAACUAACAGAUUGACUUAUAUUGAUCAAAUCACUAUUGAACGAAAUAAACCUGAAUAUAGCGAUGCUAUGGAUACCAAUGAUGGUAAUUAUUUCCCAAAAGAAUUCAAGUUGACUCUGCAACUAUUAAGGGCUGAAAGCUGUUGUGAGCAAAAUAAUUUUAAACUGGCUCGAACAAUACUGAAAAAAAUUUCCGGAGAUUGUAAACAUAUUUCUCUCAUGAAGUUGAAGUUGAAAUGGAAUCAUCUGUAUGUUCAGUCAUGCCAGAAAAAUACCCUUCUCUCUAAUGAUACCUGUAUCAACCUGGUGAACAACCUUAAGAUUCUUUGUGAACAUGAUCUAAGCCUAUUGCCACCUGAGGAGCAAAGUCUGAGGUGGAAACAUAAUGUACUUUAUGGAGAACACUUGUCAUCACUAGCUUCAGUACUGAAGAAUGAAGGUGAUGAGUUUCAAUUUGAAAAUCUGCCACUUGAUAUCCAGCAGAAAAUAAGUUACUAUGCCGGCUAUGAAAGCGGAACACUGUCAACAAAGGAAUUAUCUCAGAAAUUAAUUAUUUCUGGCUGUGAAUAUCUUGAGAAAAAUGUUAUCAGUGAUGAUUCUGAAGAAAAGUCGGUUUCUGUAAGAGAAAGUAUUGGAGAAACACACCUAGCAAUUGCUAAAUACUGCAAUCAGUUUUUGCAAGAUUCACCAUCUCUUGGAAAUAAUCUCAUGUCAUCUUUACUCAAAGCAAUUCGAUAUGGCAUAAAAGAAGCUCAGCAACGUUUCUGUCAUCUACUACAGUUGCUUGAGACUCAUGCUGAGAGUAUAGAUAUUUUCAUCAAUGAGAGCAAGAAAAUACCAUGUUGGAUGUUCUUGAAUUGGAUUAAUCAAAUGAUAUCACUACUCGAUAAACCAAAAGCAUAUGCCAUCCAUGAUAUUGUCUAUAACAUCGCCUGCCAGUAUCCCCAAGCUAUUAUAUAUUCAUUCAAAAUCAGUAAUGAAGGCUUCAGAUUUGAAGGAAAUGACAGUGGAACACAAAACAGAAAAUUUGUCGAAAAGUUAUCAUGUCGUUUGAACUCAAAAACACUGCCACAAGUAUUUACUUUCAUCAGCUCCUUGGAAAGUUUUGCAGAACCACUUAACGUCUUCAAGGAUUGGUUUAAAAAUGCCCUACAAUUGUAUUCAAAGACUAACCCAAAAAAGCAGGAAGUCAUAGAACUUUAUAAGGACAUGUGCUCAUCUCUCUUUGAAGAAAAUGUUAGCCCUUAUUAUCAGAAAUUUACUGAGAAUUUCCACUCUUUAUUUGUUAAUUCAUUUGGAAAAGAUGGUUCCAAGAUAAAUAAGAUGAACAAACAGGAACUUCAAAAGCAACUUUUAGUCGUAAAGGAAAAGCUUGAAAAACAGAAGCUUAAAGAACCAAAGGCACUUGAAGAAUUCAGUUCUUGGAUGGCUAAUUUUGACCCUUUGCUUGAUACUUUGGAAAUUCCUGGUCAGUAUCAUGGAUUUAGUAAACCUUUACUAGAAUAUCAUAUAAAAAUCUCUGGCUUUGACCAACAGGUCCAAACCUUCAGAUCAUUACAAAAGCCAAGAAAGAUUAUAAUUCGAGGUAACAAUCAAAAGGAAUAUCCCUUCAUAGUAAAAUGUGGAGAAGAUUUACGUCAAGACCAGAGAAUUGGACAACUGUCUGAAGUCAUCAAUGAAAUAUUUUUUAAAAAUUCCAUCUGCCAAACCAAGAGAUUACAGCUGAAGACAUAUCAAAUUAUACCAAUGACUACACGUGUUGGACUACUUGAAUGCCUUGAAAAUGUUCUCACUCUUCAAGAUACUCUGCAAAAAGUUUUAGAAGAAAAGGAAAAUUACAUUAUGGAGACAAUUGAAAGACAUAGAGAGUUUAAAAAGAAAUAUGUUGCAUCAGGAAUAAUGAAUAUAUUUAAGAAAUGUAAAAAAACCGACGCUGAAUUAGGAUACCAAAGUAUUUGUGCAAGAAUACCACAGGAUCUUUUAAGGAAAUCCUUCAAGAAAAUGAGUACAUCCCCCGAGGCCUUUCAUGUGCUACGUACAGGUUUUACUAUUUCCCAUGCAGUUUUAUGCAUUUGUCAUUACAUACUGGGUGUUGGUGAUCGACAUCUAAGUAAUUUGAUGAUACAUCAAGGUACAGGACAAAUGAUCGGAAUUGAUUUUGGUCAUGCUUUUGGUUCAGCAACACAAUAUUUACUAAUUCCAGAGUUAAUUCCAUUCCGUCUUACUCGACAACUUCAAAAUGUCUGCUUGCCUCAUGGUACUAAAGGUACAUUUGAAAGAACUAUGGUGCACUGCUUGGAAUCACUUCGAUCUGAUAAAGACCUGCUUAUUCAUACACUGGAGAUCUUUGUUAGAGAGCCCUCUUUUGAUUGGCUGAAAAAUGCUCGAAACAAUAUGCACAGAAAAGCACAAGAUUUCAGUGAAGAGGAAGACCUUUCUUGGUAUCCAAAGGAGAAAAUUGAUUUUGUUAAACGCAAGUUAGAUGGGGAGCAUCCUGCUUACAUUACCAGGGAUGAAUUGAAUCUGAAUUCACAUGUGAGAAAAUCGGAUGCUUUGGAAUCUAUCACUUCGAUUGUUCUGGGUACUGAAGGCAAUGUUCGAUAUACACUUCCGCAAAAACAUCUUACUGUUGAGCAACAAAUUACAGCACUCAUUGAUUUGGCUACAGACCCAAAUAUUUUGAUCAGAACAUUUGAAGGCUGGAAUCCAUUGCUUUAAAUCUAAAUCAUACUAUCAAUUUUUUAAAAUUCAUUUGUUGAAUCACUUUGUUACAUUUUAAUUUUUUAAAACUUAAUUCAAAACAUCUUUUCUUAAAAUCACCUAAAAUGUUACACUGUAUUUUUAAAUGUAUGUGGGAAAUUAAAAUAAAGGAAAUGUUUAUAAAACAAUUA